AUCAAGACGACGCCGCCCGACAAGCGGUUCCCGACGCAGAACCAGGCGAACCACUGCUGGAACCGCGCGGCCGCCGCGUCCGACCGCUACAACGAAUGGGUCCUGUGCCUCAAGAAGACGGACGGCGACGAGGACGCGUGCAAGCCCAUGCGCCAGUUCGCGCUGUCCAUCUGCCCCGACGACUGGUACAACAAAUGGGACGAGGAGCGCGAGGAGGGCACCUUCUCCGGC